AUGACGACCACGGUGCUAGCCGCUCUGAGUCGAGCUCCUUUGCUCGUAUUCAGCGACCGAUACCGGUGUAGGUUGGUGGAUGCAUUACGGACGACGGAGUCGUCAUUAGCCAAACGGUUACGUCGCCAGGAAUCAUUUACAUGUUGUGUUAUUGUUGACUCAAUGAGUUGGAUAUUUAGAACGCUGGUCUACCAGCAUUGUUUAGAAUCUAUAGUGCAGCUUGGUGUCGGCGAUGUUCAUGACUUGGCCAAUUGCAAGACCGCGCCGGAUUUGAAACGAGAGGUGGGAAAGAUCGGUGCAGCAGCUAAUCUGAAAGGACGGGGUAUCAUUAUUAGUGUUCCUGUAACAUUAGAGGAUGUGUUGUUCUACGAGAAUGAGGAACAAAGUUUACUCUACAGAUUAGUGGAUUUACAACACACCCCAGGAAUCUCUGUGUCCAUCCUUAUCUUUCUUAGUUCCCCUUUCCUGUUGGAUCAAAUUGGACAUAAAAUUCGAAGUCGAAUGGGAGACGAAAAACACGUUCUUAAAAACUGCCUAAACCAGGACGAAAUUAUUGCUUUCACAUCCGUCUUGGAAGAGUACCAUGACCGUCUUCAUGACCGCCAACAAAGUCUUAAUUGCGGGGGCAAUCGAUCGAAAGCUGCUGACAAUCAGAAAAGUAGAGCGACCUCUAGAACGGCACCGAGGGGAAAAUCCACAGCGGUGUCACAAACGCUGAAGCCGUCAAAGGACGCAGUCGACCAAGCCGAUCUGAGCAGAGAGAUGUUGUACUCAUAUUUACGAAACCAGCUUCUUCAGGAGAUCGACAGGAAUCAAGACUAUUCUGUUCAAUUCGUGAUUGGACGUAUAAGAGACAUACUGGCUCAGCGUCUCUGGAAUUGCAGUGCGCUACUCCUUCCUGGAUUCCCGAGUAGUCAGUGUCCCAACAGUAGUCAGUACCCCAACAGUAGUCAGUACUCUAACAGUGUUAACUAUUCCGUUGGAGAUGAAGUGGAGCAUUAUGAUUCAUUAAAUAUCUUCUACCAUUAUCUCAAGUACAUUCCUCUAAUAGACCAUUGUGUUCUAAUGUCGUGGACCACCUUGCACGAACAACUAGGCUCUAACUAUGUUACGGAGUCCAAGGUCUUGCAGCACGCGAACCCGCGUCUCAUUGCUUCCGUUGCCAUUGCUGGUGUUUGCGUCUUCAACCGCAGGAGUCUACAAGCUGCAAUACAAAGACUCAUUCGGGGCCAGGUGCUGCACUACUCCUUCGGACAAAUUGAAAACAACGUGCCAGAGCACGACAUGCUCCCUAACAGUCCGGGCGACCCACCCAUUUCAUUUCCUUUCUGGAAGAAGUGCGCACCCCUUAUUCCCCUUCUAAGCCCCUCACCCCCCGCCCAUAAGUCUCCUCUUUUCCAGCUACCUCAAGUUCAUGAAAUAUUGGACUGCGUUGCAUCCGGUCUUCUAUCCGAAAUGGCUGACUCAUUAGGGCUAAUUCAACCAACCAAUCCGUUUCAGUUGAUCUGA